GGCGGAGACGACGGAGCUGAUGAAGAUCACAACAAGGAUGGGAAGACAAAGAGGCAGGGGGAAGAGGAAGAGGAGGGGGCUGCUGCUGCUGCUGCUGAUGCUACCACCACCACCACCACCACCACUACCACCACCACAGCCGCAGCAACCAGUACCACGACAACCCCCACCGACACGACAGCAGCAGCAUCAUCAACAGCAACUACAACAGCGGCAGCAGAAGCAACUACUACAACAACAACAACAACAACAAGCACGACAGCUAACACUAACACAUCCACUGCCACCACCACCACUACUAGUACUACUACUACGACUACUUCUGCCAGUAAGGAGGUGGUGAACAUAAAUGGCACAGUUGGCACAGUGGCACAAGAGGACAGCAGCAGCAAAGAUGGUUCAAAGAUGGUCACACAACCAACUGGUGUCGAUAACGCUAACAACAACAACAACAACAACAGCAGCAACAACAACAACAAUAUCAAGAAAGGUGCAACAUCAUCAUCAUCAUCAUCCACAACAACAACAGUAGCAGAUACGACGACCACAGCAAUAACAACAACAACAACAACAACAACAAAGGAUGGAGAUGAUGCUGGUGGUGGUGGCGGCGGUGGCGGAGGAGGAGGAGGAGGAGGAGGAGAGGAAGAAGAAGAAGAACAGAAGAAAAAGAAGGAGGUGUUGGAGGAGGAGGAGAAUAUUGAGGAGUACCUUAACAGAAGUGACACUGCUGUCAUUUACCCGCAGCCUGUCAGCGAACCAGAUGAGGAAGAUGACACCGGAGAUUCUGUGAAUAAUACCGAUGAUGAAUAUCUCUUGAAAUGUAUGCACUGCAAGGAAUCUUUCAAUCAAGAAUCUCGGUUGCAUUCUCACAUCAAAGCAAUGCAUUCUGAGAAGUCUGUGAAAUUCAUGUGUUCGAAAUGCGAAGAGACAUUUACGCUGAAAUCCCAGCUUGAUAACCAUAUGGAACUGCAUUUGGCCACUUCGCAGACUUGUACUGUCUGCAAGAAAACAUUUGCCAAUGUCUACCGACUUCAGCGCCACAUGAUCAGCCACAAUGAGAGCACAUCGCUACGGAAAUUUAAGUGCGAAGAAUGUGGCAAAGCGUUCAAAUUCAAACAUCAUCUCAAGGAACACAUUCGUAUUCAUUCUGGAGAGAAGCCUUUCGAAUGUUCCAACUGCCGGAAACGGUUUAGCCACUCCGGCUCCUACAGCAGUCACAUGACCUCCAAAAAAUGCUGGGUCGUGAACAUGAAGAGUCGUCGGAUCGACCACAAUGGUAACGCAGGCGACUCUGUUCCAUAUCCUCCGGCCUCUAAAAAUGGACAUAGCCAGUCGGCCGUCUCUUUGCAAAAAUCCUCAGGCAGUCUUCCACGACAAUUAAUUACAUAUGAUAACCCCAACUCUAGCCUUCCAAAAUUCUUUCCUAAUGCUUCUUCAUACAUCUCAUAUCCCAUGUACCCUCAGAAGGAGAACCUUUCCGACAGAAUCGCGCCACUAACCAACCAGACUAUUGCACAUUCUAAUUCCUCAAAAGUAUCUUUUAAUCAGAAGCCUUCUCUAACAAAAAGUACAAAACUCUCACCUGACAUGAACUCCAACACGCAGCCUUUAUCGAUGGUAGUCCUGAAGAAAUCUGACAGUCCUGCCGUACCCUUGCAGUCACAAGUGACCUCUCCGCCUCUCGACGAACGAGUCAUCAAAACUGAGCCGUCAGACCAGUCGGAGGUCAUCAAAGUUCUAAGUAGUGUCAAUAUUAAGAAGGAAAAUUCCAAAGAUGGUUUUCCAGUCACCGACGUCAUGCAAGAGAAGAACUCCGAUUCCCCUCCUCUUCCUCCAUCCAACUUUGUAGAUGCCAAAGAUGUUGAUCUCACAUGCCGAUUUUGUGCAUCAGCCUUCCGCAGUCCUGUGGCACUGCACCAGCAUGAACGCUAUCUAUGCAAAUCCAACAAAGAUAUUGUGCAUAGAGUUACCAACUUGGAGGUAACGUCGUGCAACAGUCCGAGUAGUACAACUUCCUCGUCGGAAACAAUUAAACGCGAGACGCCAAACGGCAGUUUGGAGAAUGGCACCGACGAGGAGGAAGCAGAAGAAAUUUUCAAAGAGGAAAACCUUGACAAGAAAUUCCGUAUGCGUUCGAUGAUAAGCGAUGACCAGCUGCAGGUUCUGAAGAAAUAUUACCAGCUCAACCCUCGACCUCGUAAACAUGACCUGAUAAAAAUCGGCAAUGAAAUUGGUUUCUCGAAACGCGUGGUGCAGGUUUGGUUUCAGAACAUGAGAGCACGAGAUCGUAAGAAAGGUAAAAAUGUCCCGUAUUUCCCCGCCAUGGCUCGUUUCAAACAACAGGAGGACUCAACAACCACGUCCUCCACAUGGAAAGAGUCAGUAAAAUCUACUAAUUCGGCCUACAUCCCUGUGGUUCCACAUUUCAAUAAUUCUGUCCAAAUUCCUUCUGGAAUUCCACCAUCAUCAUCGCCUUCAUUUCCAGCUCAUUCACAUACAAAAGUAAACGGUCAGUUUAACGCUGCCACCGAAAACCGUGAUGCCUUGUUCAAUAACCAGGACCAACCUUUAGAUCUUAGUCUGAAAAGAGAACCCCCUAGAGCUCACAGUGGCCACAAACCAGUCAGUAGCAAUGCCUACAACUCCCAUCCUCCUCCUGCUACUCCCAGUCAGAAUUUUGAUAACCAAGUUCUAAACCUAAGUUGCCGAUCUCCUAUCAGUGUCAAGCAAGAACAUGUAGAUGGCACAAGCUCUACUCAAAGUAGCUUCCAGGAAUCUGCUCUGUAUAAAUAUAUGAAGCAAGAAGGAAUGAUUGUUAACAAGCCAGCCGCCCUUAACCAAGACGCGGCCUCGUUAAGCAAGCUUUCCCAUUCCAGUCCCAUUCCAGCCGCGAUGCAAGACUCUCUCACAUCACCUUAUCGAUCCAGUGGCAAGUCCAUUGCCAGUGGGGAGAACGAAAGCAAACCCAAAGUUCCAAAGUCUGAGUUGAAGCAGCCCGAUGACUCGUCAAUGUCAAGUGAUGGUUCUAUAGACAGCGUUAGUAAUCGGUCUCUCAUCAUUGACGAGAGUAAAUUCCACAAUGAGAAAAGUGACGGUGAGUGUCUUUCCGAUGAUGAUGAUGAAGAUGAUGAUGAUUCCGAAGAUGAUGAUUCUCCACCAAGACUGUCAAAUGGUUUGUCCGAUGGUAAUCUCACUCCUUCAAAAAUGAGAGAAGACAACCAUCAGACAAAUCCAGAUGGCACCAAAAAACCAAAACGAUUACGCAAGAAGUCUUGGAAACAGAGUCUACCCUGUAUUGCAUGGCAGAUGGCAUCGGAAGAAAUCCAGCUCGACCUCGAAGAGACAAAUACGGUCGACGAAGAUCACCCACAUAGGAAAAAACGCCGAUCUUGGAAGAACCAUCGAGUCGACGUAGAGGAAGGCUUAUAUGCUUGCGAUCAAUGUGAUAAAAUGUUUAGCAAGCAGAGUUCACUUGCUAGGCAUAAAUACGAACAUUCAGGAGCACGUCCGUUUGUGUGUGAUGAGUGCCCGAAGGCGUUCAAACACAAGCACCACCUAACCGAACACAAGCGGCUGCACAGCGGUGAGAAACCAUUCCAGUGCAAGAAGUGCUCCAAGCGCUUCAGUCAUUCUGGUUCUUACAGCCAACACAUGAACCACCGCUACAAAUACUGCAAACCACCGAAGCAUGACGAGGAAGACGACAUCGGCGCGAAUGAGUGAAUGGGCUACUUACAUCAUCAGAAAUAACAUCAAACUACCACUACUACUAUGAUUACUACUGCUACCACCACCACUACUACUACUACAGCUCCUACUACAACUACUACUACUACUACUACUAUUAUUGCUACGUCAUCCAUGAUAACAAUUGCAUCGAUAACAUCAACACUGCCACUUUGUUUCAUUGACAACAACAACAAAAACAACACCGACAACAACAACAUACAACAUACAACUACAUCAUUAACUGCAACAACAGUUACACCUCCACCACCUCCACUGCCACUUUGCUGAGUAACAACAACAACAACACGAACAACGGCAAGUACAUCAGCAUCGUCAUUAUCAUUGUGAUCAUCGUAACCGUCGUCAUCAUUACCAUUAACCGUCAUCAUUAUCAUUAUGUUCAACGGGAAUAACUGUCAUUAUUAAAUAUAGUUAUAGCAGCAAUAUUCGUAUUUUUUAAAAAAAUUUUCUUUUUUUUUUUUUUUUUUAAAUAGCCGCAAUAAUAAUAAUAAUAACAAUAAUAAUAAUAAUAUAAUCUUUCCCUCCCCACAAAAAAAAACAUGAAGAAUCACAGAAACAUGGUGCUGGAGGGAAAUGGCAAUAAUGGGUACAGCUGGUGCCAUCAACACAUACCCUUCUCUUCCAUUUCUACUUAAUGUAUAUAUACAUAUAUAUAUAUAUAUAUAUAUACACACACACACACACACACACACACACACACACACACACACAUCACAUAUGUGUAUAUAUAUAUAUAUAUAUAUAUAUACACAUGCACGUGUACUUUGAGCUACAGAGGUGUUGUGUUCCUGGGAAAAUCUUACCAUGAUGUGGAAUUUCAAAAUGCAAAAUUUCUUUUCACAUUUGGCUUUCUCUGUUGCAUAACAUGAGUAAUGAUAAGGAACUGCAUUUUGCUUUACAGAAUUCUGUGUUGUGGCACCAGUUCCAGGCACACAACAUAUCUGAAAUCCAGGAGCUACCUGUAUGUGUAUAUAUAUAUAUAUAUAUAUAUAAACAUACAUAUAAACAUAUAUAUAUAUAUAUAUAUGUGUGUGUGUACAAUGUAUAUAUAAACCACAGAUGGGACCACAACAAAAAGAUGAGAAUGAUGAUGGUGAUGAUGAUGAUAGGAGGAGGGAGAAGCUUAUGUUUAUGUGUGUGUGUGUAUGUAUGUAUGUAUAUAUAUAUACACUGAGAGCAGCAGUAUCUGCCAUGGUAUUCCAAGGAAUGGAAAUGCAGAAGUAAUAAUAUUAGAAAUAAAAAUCGUUAUCAAGAGAAUUAAGCAACCAAAUGAAAACUCUAUUAAUUAUAUCACUUAAUUAAAACAGAAACAACAACACUAACAAAGAACAUGGUCAAAACCACAUGAAGGUCAGAGGUCAUAUGUACAAUUUUCCUCCACCUACCACCUCACCCUCCUUCCUUCUGCUAUAAAUAACAUCCCAUACACCUCAGGAUUCACAGGAUGAUGGUGCAUGCAAUCACCACUUCUCUCACUACCACCACCACCACCAUUCCCACCGCAUUUCUCUCCCAUAUUUGGUAUGCCCUAAUUAUACAUGAAAUUCCUGCUGCUCCCUAAAUUUGGUCACAUUUUAAUAUAAUAAUUCCUUAGUGGGGGUAGCACUUUCCCCCAUUUGUUGAUAUAAUACACAUGCUUCCAAA